CUAUCAUAUGACUCUUCUGCUCUUCCUUGUCACGUGAUUUUGUCUGAACGCUGCAAAUUUGCUUGCACUCCAGGGAUUUUGGAAAUAAAGGUGAAGCUAUGGCCAGCAACAAAUACAAGACUGUAGUGCAGGGAGAGGCAUCUGAGACAGAUUCAGACGAGGAGGUUUACAGCACCUCCCUUGCAACAGCUCCGCCAUCUGGCCUUAAAGUGCCGGGAGAGGCUUCCGAAACAGAUAGCGAUGAAGAGAGUGAGAAAGUGACAAGUCUGGGGGAAGAGAAGGAACACCAGCAGCCAAUCCAUAAGGGCCUGCCACCGCUGAUACUAAUCAGGAGCCCUGCAGAUUCCCCAGCCGUCACUGAAGAAAAGCCAGCGUUGAGACUUGAACAAGGCAGCCGCUGCGGCAGCACCACCUUGCUGCAGCAAAAACUGCAGGAGAGCAACUCCCACCUGUACUGCGACGUCACGACCACAGUGAAGCAGGUCUAUCAGAAUGCCUCCAGAGAGAUCCGCAUGACUACCGGCCUCCUCAAUAACUCCCAGAACGGUAUCAUCAACGCUUCACACAGCAUCCGUCUCAUUUUGGAUGACCUCAAGUCUGUCUCUGAGAAAAUGGACAUCAUUACCAGCUGCAACCUGCUGCCCGAUAUUAAGAUCGAAACUCCCGCGAGCUCACAAGCCCAUUAAGUCAUUUGCAUCCACCAAUUACUGUGUUUUAUAGGUAAAAAUGUUGAUUUGAAUAAAGUGCGUCCCCUGUAGUGACUCAACUAGUAAAGACUGUAUUCAUCGCUAACUGUUUGCAGCCACAGUGGUCUCUGACCACUUUCCAUUUGUUUUGCCAUUUCUCAUACACUCUGGUGACCAGUGUUUUUGAGCAGCCUACCUACAUAACUGCCCCUUGUUAUUGUACCAUCUGCUUUCCCCAUUUCUGAUAGACUGUUUGCAAUUGCAAUCGGGCAAUGCCAAAUCCAAUUGGGUAGACAGGUAUAAAAACAGUGACAAGCCAUGUACAUUGUACAUAAUAUUUAUAUUUAAAAUGCCCUGUUUAAAAGUUUUUUUGUUUUUUUUUAAUAUGCAGUUUGCUGUUCUUAUUUGAUUUGACCCUUUAUGGUAUAUAUAAGUGAUUACUAUUGGGCACAUUGAGUGUACAAGGAGAUAACAGGCAUCUAAGUGAGGGGAAAUAAAUCAGGCAGGUGGCAUAGUUCUUUUUUUUUUUU